AUGGCUGUGCCGGAUGCAUUACGAGCAUGGAUAUCUCGAAAUACGUCCGUUCCGUUGCAGCGGCAGAUCUUGAUGACUGCUCGCGGAAAGCCAGUGAAGCUCCAAAGUCUUGCUACGGAGAAUGAAAUUUUUGUAUAUGAUAGAAACUUCAUUGUCGAGCAAGGCAGCACUGGAAUUUCGGAAAUCCCGUCUCCAGAGCCAUUCACACCCGACCACCCGCCCGACACUCUCGCGAACCAAAAUAGUCUACAGGCAUGGAAGGAUCUCUACAAUGCGCGAAGGUCAUGGGCUUUGAAUCUUACCGCUAAAUGCGGUCAGAUGGCGAAGGCAGCCCACCAGCAUGAUGAACGUAUAGACGUGAUACAUCGCAGUGUUGGCGCUGCUUUGGAGAACCUGAAGUCUCAUGUUGGAAGCCUAGAACAAAAACUUCAAGAGGCCCAGACAUGGGCGAAUGAUCUGCUGAGGGAGCAGCAACUUGCUCUUGGAGGUUGGCAACGGAGCCUCGCGCAGCUCGAAACCAUCCCUGCUGAAAAGCAGUUUGCGUUCCUACGAAGACCCGAGACUCCCAAAGUGGAACAGGAGGCUUGUUCUGAAACCCUGCAAGAUUAUGUUGAUGCUGCACAGACGAAGCGUUCCGCUGCCCAGGUCUCCGCUGUCUGCGCGCAGCUUUCGCGCAAGAUGGAAAGCGUGGAAGAUGCCGUUGGUGAUAUUGCAAAGCAGACCGAGGAACUAGAACGAGAGACACAGCCGCCCCCGAUAAUUGAUGUUGAUGGCGUGAUGCAAGAGAUCGAAACUGUUGCGAAAAAAAUUAUCUCCGACUAUGAGCAUGUCCUUGGCCUGCCUAACACCACUAAGACGCUUUCAAUUAUAUCUAGGAUGGCCCUGAAUCACACUGAAGAUCUUCUGCCGUCUUUGGCGGAGUUUUCCCUGGAAAUACACAGUGCCCUAGUACAAUCCGUUAAGAACAGAAAUCAUGCGAUGACGAUGUUUUUACAGUAUAUGCCUAGGAUAUCCGCAAUUGAGUCACGGUUUGCGGCAGCUCAAGCUGAAAUAGCAGCCCUAGACGUCGAUGGUGAUGCCUUCGAUACUCUUUGUAUGGUGUUUCACAUCCCAAUUGUGUACGGCUCCGUUCUUAUUGAAGCCGUGCGACGUCGUGAGUGGUCUGAUAAAAUGAAAACCGAUUCGUCGACGUUUGCCGAAGAACUCGCUUCAUUUCGCGAUGAGGAGCAACGCCGCAGGAAAAAGUGGAUCAAGAAUAUGGGGGAUUUCCUGACUGUUUCUGAGGACAGUACACCCAACGUGGAGGUAAAUCUGCAAGCCGGUAAAGGUUCCGAGUGGCCUCAGGUAUCUCGGACGGAUAUAGAAACAUACAUGCAGAACAUCAAAUCAAAAGAUGGCCUGCAUCUUGCUGUCCAGGAGCUUACGCAGCUCUACAAAGAUUUAGAUGCUCCAACAAGGCAGCAAAGGCGAAAGGCGAAAGCUUUCAAACAUGGCAGUGUCAUCGAAAUGGGUAGUUCCUUUUUUAUGCGGGGGGACGAGGCAGUUCGUUCCUUGAAGGACGAGAAAACUAGACUUGAAGAUAAGCUGAAAAGCUCCGAAAGCCGCGUGAGAAGGCUAGAAGAUCUUCUUCAUCGUUCAAGCCACAUGAGCCGCCCUGUCAGCGGAAAUUUUGGGUCUGAUUUCCCAAUAUCCCCCGCGUCACCACGCCCUGACGCUGUGUCAAGAAGGUCUUCAAUAUCGUCACGAAGGAUGUCAGCUAAUAACGCCCCCGAGGAAAAGUCUCUAGUUCAACGAAUUGCUGCUCUGGAAUCUGAGCUACUUGCCGAACGAGAGAUUGUCUCCAAACUCAAGCAAGAAGCACAAACGGAACGACAGUCGACAAUUGAUAGAAUGGAGGAAGUGCAAUCAACGAACAAAGAUUUGAUGCAUAAUCUCGAAGCCAAGCAGCGUGAAUUUGAGAAUGAACGUAAAUUUCUCGAGUCCGAGGCUGAUAAGUUCAAGAUUAGGCUGGAAGAACUGGAAGAAGAGCUUGAUAGGACAAUGGAUGCCCGUGACCAUGAAAAAUCCGAAGCUAAAGCAAAAUCUGGCAAACUACAGUCAGAACUAACCAAGGCCUUGACUAGUGUGGAAGAAGCAAAGGAGCUUCGCAUGCAAGUCCAAAAUCUUCAAACUCAAUCGUCCAAGUUCGAUAUCGAGAAAAAGGAACUAUCAGACCGCAUUGAUCAUUUGACCAAGCAAGAAAAAGAACACAUUGAGCUGCUACAGGCUGCUCAUCGCCAGCUUUCUCCCCGUGGAGCUGCUCCAUCCGGCUUCUCUCAGCUAGUUCAGGCGAUCGAGGUGCUUUCAGAGGGUCUAGCCAUCCACGCCAAAGGAUCAGAUGGAAAAGCGACCGAACUCAGUGAAGAAAAUCAAGUUCUAUCUGAGAAAGUAUGCCACUUAGAAUCUGAAAUUGAUUGCCUGAAGCAGAACCUCGAGGCGAAGGAAUUGGAAAGGACUAAAACACUUGAAUCUUAUAGCCACACGAAAGAAGCUCUUUUAGAGGCCCAGUCUUCUCUGGAAAAUGAGCAUAGUCGGCUGAAAACUCUUGAAUCUAAGUUGUCUACUGGUGAGAGUGGAACUGAGGUGUUGAAAGACAGAAUUGCCGAAGAAGAGCAAAAGGUCGCCAUGCUCACUGAAAAGCUUGCUGCUAUUGACUCCAAGGCUCAGAACAUUGGAGACGAGCGCCAGGAAUGGGAGACAAGGUCAGAACAACUUAAACAGUUGGAAAGCAAUCUGAAGUCCCAUCUCGCAGCCAAGAGCACCUGGGCCGACGAGAUUUCGAAGAGGCUCUACACCCAGAUCGAAGUAAUGGCCAAAAUGCUGCAGCAACUAGGUUUCACCAUCGUUUUUCAAGAUAGCGAAAUGACUGUUCAACGAACUUCGAAAGUGGUUGGUAAUUCUGUGCUAGCUGAGAGCAUUGCCUCUUCAGGAAUUUUACCCGCAAUCGAGAAUCCAGAUGUGCUACUCUGGACGCAUGCUGCGGACAGAGAUGAGGAAUCAGCAAAAUUUGAUGCAUUCAUGACUGCAGUGAGCAGAUUUGAUCUUGAGUCCUUUGCCGAAGCUGUCGUGAAGCGUGUCAAGGAUAUUGAGACGGUGGCUCGAAAAUGGCAGAAGGAAGCUCGUGCCUAUCGUGACAAAUAUCACCGUGCGCAGAGUGAUUCCCAUGAUAAAAUUGCAUAUCGUUCGUUUAAGGAGGGCGAUUUAGCUCUUUUUCUGCCAACUCGCAACCAGGCGAUACGUUCUUGGGCCGCCUUCAAUGUAGGUGCACCGCACUAUUUCCUUCGAGAGCAAGACGCGCAUAGGUUGCAUACUCGUGAUUGGCUCCUAGCGCGUAUUUCAAAGAUUGAUGAGAGAGUAGUGGAUCUCUCGAAAGCAAUGAACGGUAUGAAUCCAGACAAACGCUCGAUUGAUGCGAGUGAUGGUGCGUCGGUCGAAGACGAUAACCCCUUUGAAUUAUCUGAUGGCUUGCGAUGGUAUCUGCUCGAUGCCUCUGAAGAAAAAGCCCAUGCACCCAGCACACCUGGGUUGGGCAAAAGCACCGUCGCAUCUGCCCACGUCGAUGCUCGAGGGAGCAUUCGGCUAAAACGGCCUUCUAACGGUGGCGGAGCAACGAAAACCCUAGCCCGGAGCCUUGACAGCCGACGAAAUAGCUCUGCCUCUAAAAAGGGCGCUCCGGGUCGCAGUCUUCUUCGGGAAGAAUCAUCAACCGCGGAGAAUAGGGUUGUGUCUGCGGAAGGAGAUCCGGGCGCUCAACCUCGCAGGGAGGAAGCGCCCAUCUUUGACCAGGUUCGCAAAGACCUGUUCUCUGGACCCUCGAAUUUAAUAUGA